GUGGAAGAUCCUAGAGAGACAGACACCAGCUUUUAGAGAGAGAGGAGGGGUGCUCUCUCUCCUCUAGAGAGAGAUUGAGAGAGCAAUGGGCGCGGAAGAGUUGGCGAGCGUGGUGGUGGCGGAGAAGGAGGCUCCUCCUCCUCCACCACUUGUGAUCGGACUCCAGCCGUCUGCCCUUGUCGACCAUGUCGCCAGAGUCGAUUGGGCUCUUCUCCAUUCCAUUCCAGGAGAGAGAGGAGGUUCCCAACAGGUUGGGUUUGAUGACUUGAAGCACAUAUUGAAUGAAGUGAAUUCCCAUAUUCUCCCAUCACCUGAAGAUCUUUCCCCAGUAAGGACAAUGGCUGGAGGUAGUGUUGCAAACACUAUUCGAGGUUUGGCUGCUGGCCUUGGGAUCUCAUGUGGGAUAGUUGGGGCUUGUGGUGAUGAUGAACAAGGAUGCAUGUUUGUCCAUAACAUGAGCUCUAAUGGGGUGAGCAUCUCCAGAUUGAGAGUGAAGAAAGGGCCUACAGGGCAGUGUGUAUGCCUAGUUGAUGCCUUAGGAAAUCGGACCAUGCGCCCAUGUCUUUCUACUGCAGUUAAGCUUCAGGCUGAUGAGUUAAGCCAAGAAGAUUUUAGAGGUUCAAAGUGGUUGGCACUUAGAUAUGGUUACUACAACUUGGAAUUGAUACGAGCAGCCAUUAGGUUGGCUAAGCAAGAAGGAACUGCUGUCUCCCUGGAUUUGGCCAGUUUUGAGAUGGUCAGAAAUUUCAGGUCACACCUUCUAGAAAUAUUGAAGAGUGGGCAAAUUGAUCUUUGCUUUGCCAAUGAGGAUGAAGCGAGAGAAUUGAUGAGAGGAGAGCCCAAUUCUGAUCCUGAGUCUGCCUUGGGUUUUCUGUCUCGGCACUGCAAGUGGGCUGUAGUGACGCUUGGCUCGAAAGGCUCUAUCGCCAAACAUGGCAAAGAGAUUGUUCGGGUCCCAGCUAUAGGAGAAGCACGAGCCAUUGAUGCCACUGGUGCGGGCGAUCUGUUUGCCAGUGGCUUCUUAUAUGGCAUGAUUCGAGGUCUCUCAUUGGAAGAUUGCUGCAAAGUGGGAUCUUGCAGUGGGGGCUCCGUGAUUCGAGCUCUUGGUGGUGAGGUGAGACUUGAGAAUUGGCAAUGGAUGUAUAAAGAGUUGCUUGCCCAAGGCCUUCCUUUGCCUGAUCUCACCGAUGAUUCAACCAUUCUCACCAAAUCUGAGAAGAUGACAACCUAGAGAGAGAGAGAGAGAGAGAGAGAGAUUGCAUUUUGGGGGACUUGCUGGAAUUCAGCAUUGGUAACCACGAGGCCAUUACAUUGGUUAAGAAGGAUGCUGGUGAAAGCUUGGAUUUCGAUGGAUAGGUCCUGUGAAGGUGCAGAGGAUCAUGCUCACAGCAUGCUUAUUGCAUUCUCUAGUGCAGAUUAACAUAUUUAAUGAAUGAGGGAAUGAAUUUAAACAAACUGUAAUUCUUCCAUACUUGGAUUGCAAUUUUGCUGGAGGCGACUUUACAUGCAUAUAAUGCCUUUUACUUGCUUUAUA